CACUUCCGGUAGCGCGGAGCUUGUAAAACACCCUGGAGAGAAAAUGGCGGCGGCGGCGGCUUCGGGGCCCCAGCAGCUCUCGGAUGAGGAGCUUUUCUCUCAGCUCCGCCGUUACGGCCUGUCUCCGGGCCCAGUGACGGAGAGCACCCGUCCGGUUUACCUCAAGAAGCUGAAGAAGCUUCGAGAGGAAGAGCAGCAGCAGCACCGGUCUGGGGGCCGCGGCAACAAGACGCGGAACAGUAAUAACAAUAACACCGCAGCCGCCACGGUCGCCGCCGCGGGAUCAGCGGCGGCGGCCGUGGGGAUGGGGGUCCGGCCGGUCUCGGGUGACCUCUCCUACUUACGGACCCCUGGGGGCCUGAGCCGAAUCUCGGUCUCGGGUCCGGAGAGCCCCCUGGGAGGGCCCGGGGGCGCCUCGGCCACCCCCGUGGCUGGCAGCAAAGUGCUGCUGGGCUUCAGCUCCGAUGAGUCGGACGUGGAGGCCAGUCCUCGGGACCAGGCGGGCGGCGGCGGGAGGAGAGACCGGGCUGCGCUCCAGUAUCGCGGGCUCAAAGCGCCGCCGGCGCCCCUGGCCGCCAGCGAGGUGACUAACAGCAACUCGGCCGAGCGGAGGAAGCCCCACUCGUGGUGGGGGGCCAGGAGGCCGACGGGUCUGGAGCUGCAGACCCCGUUGGGGAAAGAUGGAGCAGCGGAGGACGAGGAAGAGGAGGGAGAAGACGGGGAGGAGAGGGACCCCGAGGCGGAGGAGCCACUGUGGGCGAGCCGAGCAGUGAAUGGUAGCCGGCUUCUCCCCUACAGCUGCCGUGAGAACUAUUCGGACUCCGAGGAAGAGGAGGACGACGACGUGGCCACCAGACAGGUAUUAAAGGACGACUCCCUUUCCCGGCAUCGGCCCAGACGGAGCCAUAGUAAGCCUUUCUCCCCGCUGACUGCUAAAUCUGCCGGCAGCCGGCGGGAGACUUCAGUUCAGGGAGGGGGAGGACUCGCGAUGAAUGACAGGGCGGCGGCUGCUGGGAGUCUAGACAGGAGCCGAAACCUCGAAGAGGCAGCGGCGGAGCUGGGAGGAGGGUGCGAUCAAGUGGACUGCAGCCCCAUUCCUAGAUACCGUGUUAGCGCUAAGAAACUGGCCCCUCUCCUGCCCCCACCACUUCCUGACAUGGACUCAACCUUGGAUUCAUCUACAGGCUCCCUUCUUAAAACCAAUAAUCACAUCGGCGGUGGGGCCUUCAGUGUGGACUCCCCCAGGAUUUAUUCCAACAGCCUCCCUCCCAGUCCGGCUGUGGCCGCCCCAACUUCACUCAGGAUCAAUCACGCCAAUCAUACCGGCUCCAAUCAUACCUACCUGAAAAACGCAUACAGCAAACCGAAGCUUUCAGAACCAGAAGAGGAACUUCUCCAGCAGUUUAAACGGGAGGAGGUGUCCCCAGCAGGGAGUUUCAGUGCUCACUACUUGUCAAUGUUUCUCCUUACUGCUGCCUGCUUAUUUUUCCUAAUAUUGGGACUGACUUAUCUAGGAAUGAGAGGAACAGGAGUAUCCGAGGAUGGAGGACUCAUAAAAAACCCCUUUGAUGAAACAUUUGGAAAAAUACAAGAAAGUGAAAAGAAUCUUAUGAUGAGCACAUUAUACAAGCUACAUGAUCGAUUGGCACAGCUUGCAGGAGAUCACGAAUGUGGGAGUUCUAGUCAAAGAACACUUUCUGUCCAAGAGGCAGUUGCAUACUUAAAGGAUUUAGGUCCUGAAUAUGAAGAUAUAUUUAACACCUCAUUGCAGUGGAUUUUAGAAAAUGGGAAAGAUGUUGGAAUAAGGUGUGUUGGUUAUAGCUCUGAGGAAGAACUGAAAAACAUAACUGAUGUGCUGUUUUUACAAUCUACAAGACCACAGAUGUCUUUCUGGUGUCGUUUUCGACGUGCUUUUAUUACUGUAACACACAGGUUAUUGUUGUUAUGCUUGGGUGUAGUGAUGGUUUGUGUUGUUCUGCGUUACAUGAAAUAUCGCUGGACAAAAGAGGAGGAGGAAUCAAGGCAGAUGUAUGAUAUGGUGGUAAAGAUAAUAGAUGUUUUGCGAAGUCAUAAUGAAGCUUGCCAGGAGAAUAAGGAUUUACAACCUUACAUGCCUAUUCCUCAUGUGCGAGAUUCCUUAAUACAGCCUCAUGACAGAAAAAAAAUGAAGAAAGUCUGGGAUAGAGCCGUUGACUUCCUUGCUGCUAAUGAGUCUAGAGUCCGCACGGAAACACGAAGAAUAGGUGGUGCAGAUUUUCUAGUUUGGCGGUGGAUCCAGCCUUCUGCAUCCUGUGAUAAAAUAUUAGUGAUACCUUCUAAAGUAUGGCAAGGUCAAGCAUUUCAUUUAGAUAGAAGAAAUUCACCGCCAAAUAGUUUGACACCAUGUUUAAAGAUUCGAAAUAUGUUUGAUCCAGUUAUGGAAAUAGGGGAUCAGUGGCAUCUGGCAAUUCAAGAAGCAAUUUUAGAAAAAUGCAGUGACAAUGAUGGCAUUGUUCACAUUGCAGUAGACAAAAAUUCACGUGAGGGUUGUGUAUAUGUUAAAUGUCUGUCUCCAGAAUAUGCUGGAAAGGCUUUUAAGGCAUUACAUGGCUCUUGGUUUGAUGGGAAGUUGGUUACAGUAAAAUAUUUACGACUAGAUAGAUAUCACCAUCGCUUUCCCCAAGCUCUUACUUGCAACACUCCCUUGAAGCCAUCAAAUAAACAUAUGAACUCUAUGUCUCAUCUUCGCCUUCGGACUGGCCUAGCCAAUUCUCAAGGAGGUUCCUGAAAGGACUUUCUUCACUCCUAGGACUGUUAUUUACAAUAGGAAAAUUCCUGUUUGGCUUCCUGUCUUCCUUUUUAAAUGCUUUUUGUAUGUAAUAUUUUUAUUGCUGAGUACAGCUCUGUUUGAAAGUUCCAGAAAUCUUAAGGUUCCAAAGGGAUUUAGCAGUGAGGCAGCAAUGCUGAGUAUGUAGAAUAAUUGUUUCAUUCAGUUUUAGGAGCUCAGUUAAGCCAGUGCAUUUAAAGUUUUGCAUGAGGAACUCUGACUUUAUUAAGCAUUUUCAGAUAUGGUGGUUAUAUUUUUGCACCAAGAAGUGUUUGGAUAACCACACAAAAGCAUGGUGAAGAGGCUUCUUGUAUUUCCAUAAUUUCUUGUGAACUAAUGUGAAUUUUUGUAUACAGUCACCUGCAUAAUUCCUUACAAGCUAAUGUGGUAAAACUGUUAAUUUCCCAAUUUAACCUUAGGUUUCUAUUGCUUGUAAGAGAUUUAUUUGCUACAGCUGGAAUAUGGGAAAAUUUAUUUGGUUUUAAUGGUUACAUAUAUGUGUAAGUGGAUGUACAUGUACUUAAACUGGCUUUUGUAAAUAUGUAUAAAUGCUGGUGGUGGUGUGAAAGUAGUCUUGUUUUGUGAGGAUGUCUGCAUAAGCAGUAAAAUAAGCUUUCUAUUUUAUUCAUAAUCUAAUUUGUGUGUGUGUGUAUGUGUGUGUGUAUAUAUACACACACACAUAGAUACAUAUGGCUGUACUAUCACAUAGAUCAAACAGCCAAACACCUGGAAGUAUUAGAUACAAGUUUAAAAUAUCUUUUAUAGAUUUUAUAUAAAAAUGUCUGAGUAUGAUUUUGUGUGAAAGUUCUGACACCAGUUGUAAUGGAUUCAAAUUUAUGUGAGCAAUAAAGAAGCAAUUGGCAGAUAUUAGAAAAAUAUUUUGUGAAAAGCUGUAUUUAUUGUUAAUUAAUAGGGCUGUGACAUAGUACUAUUGGGAUUAAGUAUUUUUUCCAAUCUAUUUAUAAUUUAAUGAAACGAUAGCACCCUGUUAUAUGUCAAGUUUAAAGCAGGGCACAUGGUUGCAGCAAAAUGUAUUAGACAAAUUAUACUUGGAAUUUGGGGUCAUGAAAGAUUGCAAUAUAGUAAAUGCAAGAGUGACCAUUGGUUUGUGCCUCAGUAUUUAAUUUGUUUUAAUAAAGUUGCUUUAUUACUGUUAUGAUUUCAGAUUAAAAUAGUUGCUAAGCAAGGUUUAUUUGUAAUGUAACAACUGGCUUUUUAAAAAUAAUCUGUUGAUAUAUCAUUGUCAGUCCAGAUGAAUAUGUGCAACAGCUGGAAUUGUACCAAUUUUGAUUUUGUUUAAAGUUCAAUUUCUUUUUGUUUUAUUAUAUAUGUGUUGGGUUUGCAGCAUGAACUUGCACAGAUAAUGCACGUUUUCUGGUUAAGUAAACAUGAUGCACACUAUUCUGUAACAGAAAAUCCUAUUGUGCCUUACCUAUGUGCUUUUGUGGGCACCAUGUUUAUGAAGAAUAAAAAAUUAAUUUGUUAUCUGAAGAGAAUAAGUUUUAAAUUCUCAGUUUAUGUCUCAGAUGCUAAUGUGUGAAAUAUAAAUAUAUAAUAUAUAAAUUAACCAAUCUUUCUGUAUUUUAUGUGCAUCAUAGUGAUUUAUCUGAGCUUAGUGACCCCAUCUUGUAACCUGUUGCAAGAGUGAAUGUAAAAAACAAAAAAACAGUUGUGGUAUUCUAACAGGUCGCCUUUUGAUGCAGAUGCAUCUUUUUCUUGCUUCUAAAACAUUUCAUGUAAACAUUGUACAUUUAUUAUUGUAAUAUAUGCUAUUAUGCAGCUUAUUUUACCUGAAACUGUUAAGCCGACCAAGAUUCCUCCCUGCAAGACAGAUGGGAAUGUGUAUAAUUAGAUAUUUGAGAAGUUCUGAAGUUUGAUGUAAUCUGUUACUUGUCUUGUUUAAAAAAAAAAAAAAAGAGAGACAGAACACAUCCUAAUUAAAAAUUUAUUAGGUUUUUUUUUAA